CAACUUCAAGUUCAUAUUGAUCUUAUAAUGAAUAAAUUACAACAAGUCCAGUUAAAAGCUCAACAAAAUAUUGAAAUAGCUCAACAAAAACAAAAGGAAAAACACGAUAAACAUGUUAAGAAAAUUUCAUUUAAUAUUGGAGAUAAAGUAUUAUUAUAUCGAUCUGCUCAAGCUAAGAUUCACG